AUGUCCAAGAAGGCCGUUAAAGCCCAAGAUGAAAGUAGCAAGCUUGCAGGAGAAGCAGUUUCCAAUAUUCAUACUGUCACUGCCUCCUCCUUACAAAUAAAAAUUUUAAAGAUGCUCGAGAAAGCCCAAGAAUGCAGAAAAAAGAAAAUAUUCGCCAAUCAUGAAGGCCAGCUAUAUGGGAUCAAAAGCACUGUUCCAAAUGUUCAUGAUCUUGGUCAGCGACUCAGCACAGGCCGCAUUAUAGCUGGAGCUGGGACUAUGACAAAUGAUCUAGCUAAAGGUUCUGAAUCAGUUGGAUCAGUUUUUGCAGUGUUGGAUCGGUGUUCCUUAAUUGAGCCAGAGGAUCCAGAAGGCUACAAGCCUAAUAGGUUAACUGGAGAAGUAGAGUUGCAAGAUGCUGAUUUUGCCAAACGUGAUGAUCUUCGACGGCUUUUCAGUUAUAAUUGA